AUGUGCGCUGUUGCAAUGUUCAGAGUAAUAUUAUGGAGCAUAUGGGCUUUGACGUACCGACGACCUGGUACGUGCAUAAUUGAAGGGUCAUCGAAGAGUGUGAAACUCAAAUAUGUUUUGAGACCGCUACCCUUGAAUCGGACUAGGGUUGUUUUUGUGCCAAGGACACGGGGGUUCAAGCAACCACUGUCCUCUUACUUUAGUCGAGUGAUCCGAUUGCUAGCGUGCUUCGCCGCUGAGUCGUGGAAUACUUGCAACGUCAUCGUCCCGACGCGUCCGAAGGUUGGCAGAUUUGAAUGA